AUGGAUAAAGUGACAGAAAUACAAGGCACGUCGCAAGAAAUAUCCAAGGACAAAUGUAAAAGAGCAUCGAUUGCUGUAUUCAUCACUGAAGAUACUUGCUUGUGUUUUAAUGCACUGGAAGGACUCCCAGGUCCAUACAUUAAAUGGUUUUUAGAAAAGUUGGGACAUGAUGGAUUGAAUAAAAUGUUAUCAGGAUUUGAGGAUAAAUCAGCAUAUGCUUUAUGUACUUUUGCCUACUCGUCUGGUCAAAACGAUGAACCAAUAUUAUUUGAAGGCAGAACCAAUGGAAAGAUAGUGGAAGCAAGAGGCCCAAAUAAUUUUGGAUGGGAUCCUAUCUUUCAACCUGAUGGAACAUCAAAGUUAAAAUUUUGGUCCAAGUCCAAGUCAUCAACAGCGAACUCUAAUAAAAUCCUCGAUGAAUUUAUUUCCGCAGCAAGUGAUGACGAGAUAGACCGGGUACAAUUGCAGCAUCAUAUGUUCCGAGUCACCUGGGACGGUAACUAUAAGGCUCCUAUAGAGGAAUCCUUAAAGUCCGGCUGCGAUGUAUUAGAUCUUGGAUGCGGACCGGGCACCUGGGUUGCUGAAAUGUCCACCGAUUACCCCAAUUCCACCAUAAUUGGCUUCGACAAGAUCAAUAUAUUCCCAGAGCACAAGCCUUUGAACUCCCAAUUUGUUAAGGGAGAUUUAUUAGACAAACUCCCAUUCAAAGAUAAUCAUUUUGAGUUUGUUCACUACCGGUCGUUUGGCUUAUGGUUUUCAGAGGCUGAUUGGAAAAAAGGUUUGGAGGAGGCUUUGAGAGUGGUACGUCCGGGGGGUUACCUGGAAAUUCUAGAAGUUGAAACAAUACCACAAAAUGCGGGUCCCAUAACUGUUGAAAUAAUGGCUGCCUUAAGGAACUUCAUGGAAUCCACCAAUAAAAAUCCCUAUCUGAUCUCUCAUUUCAAUGAUAUACUGGCAAGAACGAAUGCGUUUUCUCACAUCUACUGUGGGGUGAGAAAAGUACCGAUAGGUCAACAUUCGGGCAACUUAGGAAAAUUGUCUGAAUAUAAUGUAGUUCGCAUGUGUCGGCUUACAAAGUCGAAACUGAUUCACUUCUUAAAUGUAAGAGAGGACGAGUACGAAGAAAAAUACAUUCUUCCGCUCAUCAACGAAAUAAAUAUCUACAGAACCUUUUUUUAUCAGUAUCGGUUCUAUGGGCGGAAGAAAGAAAACGAAGAUCAGGAAUUGAUCAUUUGUGAUGCUGAGUUAAGAAGGGUGAAAGGGUGA